AACUUUAGUUGUUAGUCAGUUAUUAUUCAGCGCACAGCAUUGUUUUCAAUAACUAGUGAAUAUAAUAUUUAAUUACAUGAUAUCAUGAAGACAGUAUAUAUAUAUAUGACAUUUGUUAUAUCAAUGAUUGUAUUUCUGUUACCUUUGAAUUCUGCAACCGAAAAAUCAGAAAAUGGAACAACAGUACCACCAGAGACAACUCUAAAACCAAAAACAGAGGUUUUGAAAAGUGAUAUAUGCACAAAGUGUUCAUGCGAUGCCAAGAAUAGUUUGAUAGAUUGUUCACGAAAAUUGGCUAAUUGGUUUUCACCAGAAGAAUGGGAGAUUCUUCAAAAUGGAGACAUUACUUUCGAAACUAUGAAAUUGUCUUAUAAUAAUUUAACCAAUAUUCCUGCACUGCCAACAUAUGGGGUCAAGAAAUUGUUUUUGGAUUACAAUAGCAUAUCCUCGAUUACGAUUGGAGCAUUCCAAAAUUUGACGGAACUUACGAAACUUGAUUUAUCUAACAAUCAACUGACUUCAAAAGCCUUAAUACCAGACGUUUUCAAGGGCCCUUAUUCCGUUCAAGACUUUGAACCAUUGAAGAAUUUAAAAUCACUAAAUUUAGGAUAUAACCGUCUACAUUUAUUAGAUGAUGAUUUAUUUGAGCACGUUCCAUACCUUGAGGAACUUAUUUUGUGCUCAAAUAGCUUCCAAGUGAUUGAUAAACAAACGGAAACUGCGCUUUCAGGAUGUUCAUCCUUAAAGGUAUUGGAUAUAUCAUAUAUGGAAUUAAAAACUUUACCAGAAACCAUUUUUCAUGGACCACAAGAUCUCGAUACACUUAUUGUUUCUGGAAAUCUGUUUGAUAAAAUACCCAAAGCUUUUGAUUAUGCGGAUAACUUAAAACGAUUGGUUCUCGACGAAAAUCCAAUUGGUAACUUGGAAGGAGAUAAUAUUUUUCCUGCGAUGUCAAGCUUACAAUACCUUAGUUGCGCAUUUAUGCCCAACUUAUUCAAAAUUGGAUCUGGAGCACUCAGUGAACUUCAAAAUCUAACCGAGUUAAUUUUGAGUGACAACACCCAGUUAAUUGAAAUUGACAGCCAUGCUAUGUGUAAGAAUGUAACUGGAGGAGACAAUUUCGACUAUCCUCCUCUUGAAAAGUUGUAUCUUAAUAAUUGUAACCUUACAGUGUUACCCAGAGACUUAAUUGUUCGCUGGGACAAACUGCAUGCACUAGAUUUACGGUAUAACCCUUGGUUAUGCGAUAUCUCCAACGAAUACAUGGUAAACUAUCUUAUACAACAUGUGAACAAAUCAACGCCAAUUUUAGCAUCAAAUGUUAUUUGUGAGAAUCCGACUGAACUGAAAGGGUUAGAAGUUCUAAAUGUCUCAAAUAAUAAAUUACUUGGAGUUUUACCAUCAGGAGCAAGUUGGGUCUGGAUUGGCUUAAUAAUCGUAUUAUUGUCAAUAUUAGUCACCUUAUCCGGGCUAUUAGUCUAUAGACGGGGCUAUUGCGGCAUAGGAAAGAAAAAGGAAUCAGCAAGAAGAGCUUUAUAUAGUCGAACCAGUUUUAACGAAGACUUCCAUAUAUAAUCUUGUUGUGAAGUAUUUGGCAUCGUGACAUGAAAUUUUGGAAUAAUUUUGAUUGUUAGGUCAUAAAUAGCUCAUAAAAGAAUCCCUUUAUGUACAUAUGUAUGUAUAUACCAAGCCUUCAUUUGAAAUAAAUACAUAUGUGUUUUAUGGCAGCAAAUUUGUGUUAAGACAAAAUCUGGAUGACCAUAAAUGUAAGUAUAAAAGAACGUGAGCACUAUUAAUGGCAAUUCCCAAUUUAAUACUGAUCUUUAAAAAUGGAUUUUUGAAUACUUCACAUCAUUUCUUGGUAGGCAAUUAUGAUGGCGGCUAAACACAGUAGACAGGGCGUAUUUAACCAAUGUACAUCUUAGUAUCUUUAUUAAUAUCUCUCGUUAGUAAAUAAUUAUAUUUGUAAUAAACUGUAUAUUUGGUUUUUUUUAAUUUUGUAUACUUUCAAAAAGUAAUUACAUAUUUUGAUCGUAUGGUAACAAGCUUUUACUAAAACAUAAUACGAGCUGUUAUGAGUUGAAAAUAUUAAAUCGAGCGUUUACAAAAUAAAAUGUGUAUGUAUGUAGGUAAACAAAAUAUCCGACAAAACAAAGAUUAUUGGCUAAACUUAAUGUGCAAAAUAAAUACAUUUUGUAGGUAGGUAACAGCUUUGCAGGUCUUUUAAGUUUCAUUGAUUUUCAGUUUUUGUUUUUCGAUUUCUUUAUAAUUUCACUACCAAUAAAAUUAACAACAAUUCCAAUGCA